UGAAAAUGUGAAGAAAGAUGAAACGCAUGACAUACGAAAGUGAAAUGGUUAGUGGAUGGACCGAAGGCGUGGUCGAAUGACUCAUAAAAGAGGAGACCCGGAGAAAAUCUACAAAAUAUUCCCAGAAAAAGUCAGACGAAAAACAAAUGGAAAUUUCAAGCAAAAAAUUAGUGUCGGAAGGAAAGAGCUGGAGCAUAUGCAAACUCCCUUUCUGGAAUUCAACCAAUUUUUCUUCAUCAUCUUCAUCAUCGUCUACAGCUUACUCUUCUUCAUUCAGGCCGCGCCACGACAAUGUAUUUGCAGGUGCUCAUCAGCACAGUAAUCUUCACAACACCUCCUCUACUAAGCCCACUUCCAUGAGCAUCAAGUCUUUUCUUCCCACCCGUCGCAGGCUUAGUCUUGAUCCCUCCAACAAGCUCUAUUUUCCCUAUGAACCUGGGAAACAAGUGAAAAGUGCAAUCAGAAUCAAGAAUGUUAGUAGGACUCAUGUUGCCUUUAAGUUCCAAACAACUGCACCAAAGAGUUGUUACAUGCGUCCGCCAGGGUGCAUACUUGCUCCGGAUGAAAGUCUCAUUGCAACAGUUUUCAAGUUCGUGGAGCCUCCAGAGAAUGAUGAGAAAAUAGUUGGAAUGAAGAGUGGGGUCAAGUUCAAGAUAAUGAGCCUAAAAGUAAAGGGGGAUAUGGAAUAUGUUCCAGAGCUGUUUGAGGACCAAAAGGAUGAAAUAGCAGUGGAACAGAUACUAAGAGUAGUCUUUCUUGAUCCGGAGCAUCCUUGCCCUGCAUUGGAGAAACUUAAUCGUCAAGUCGCAGAGGCUGAGGCUGAGCUUGAAGCACGCAAAAAGCCUUCAGAAGACAAUGGCCCUAAAUUUUUUGGAGAAGGCCUGGUUAUAGAUGAAUGGAAAGAAAGGAGGGAAAGGUAUCUAGCACGACAGCAGGGUGAUGAGCUGAAUUCUGCUUGAACAGAUUUAGCCUAACUUCUCUACUGUAAGUUGAAUCCUUCUGGGGGAGCACAGAUAGAUAGACCGAGAGGGUAUAUACUGCUUCUUUUGUUUCUUUCAGAAGAGGAAGUGAUAUUUAGACAUGCAUACAAAAAUUUGGUUUCUCUGGCACACCCACUUUGCAGGAAUACGGCUUUCUUAUUUCCUUUCCACCCACCAAUUAGAAGUGUGAUUAAUUGUUUGUAGCCUGUAUUUGGAUUUGAUCUUCAAGGCAGUUCUUUUGCUUUUUUACUUUCAAAUGAACCGUGUGCCUGUAUCAUUGUUGAUGACAUUGUAUGAUUGUCCUUUUGUUGUAUAUGGAUUAUAUAUUCACUACAUAACUUUUUGAUGUUGCUAUAUGUUUUGGAAUUUCAAUAUUUGUAUAAUAUUAUCAUAUUUUUUUGGGUGAAAUGUGAAUAUAUAUCCACCCAAAAGUAAUAUUUGCAACGUGUACAAAAAUAAAAAGGGUAAUCUCCACGAAGGAUACAUCUCCCAGCAACAAGCUGAAACAAACAACUCCGUAAUGGCAUCAACACAAAUGGUGUCGGGACCAAGAUAAACAAAAAGGUCACAGAGUAUUAUGGGGUGAAAUUUGAGUUAAAGAUCUCAGGAUGAUGUUUUUCUUAUGGGCAUAUCCUAUUUGGGUUCAUAAUUAGGGAAGCUAAUCAUCUGGUUCAAAGGGGGUUAGAUUCGACGCAAAUCUCAUUAGCGUUUUUAUUUAUUUGCUUCAUUUGUUCACUAGAUCAUCUUUAUUUUUCAUUAGAUAUCUAAUUUCAUUUUCGUUAUGUACUUAUGUACUUCCUCAUUAUUUAAUAAACCUCGAUAAGAGUUUUUCUAACUCUUACCCAACCAAUUCUUGUGGUUUCAUUGGAAAAGGGGAGAAGACUUGGGAUGCCCUUGGCCAAGGCCUCUCUUACCAUGGAAGAAAUCUCGUAGAACAUCAAUAACAGAGACAGAAAAAGAGGUGGUGGAAAACACACUCCAUAGUCCAAUAAAUAAAAACAACUGAAAUGUCUAAGGCAAGGAGAUUAAUCUUAUGAAAAUUCCAAGAUAUGGUAUCUU